UUCAACAGAUUUUUGUAUUUGGACAUUAGACGUCAUUUUUUCUAAUCAAAGUCGCUUCUUUUCUUUAAUAGGACAUCUUUUCAUUACUACUUGUACAUCUAGGAAGCACUUAGAACACCUGCAGAAACAUAUAAAAUUAAUAAAUCGUUCUGCUGACAGCCAUACCUUUCUAAAAGAUACACCAAGUGAAGCUUUUAUUAAGUAUUUUGAUUGUUAUUUCACAAGAUAUUUCUGGUUUCGUUCUUAUCAACGAGCUUCUUGAAAUCCUAGCAAUUGGCCUUGUAGAAAAAUAUAAUCUUGCGAAUUUUAUCGAAACUUAUCCAUCCGCAAAAUCUUGUAAAAUUUUGAUUUGCGAAUUCAUAAAUCUAAAUUCCUGCGAAAAUGUAUUCCUAUAAAUAAUUUCAUUACAAUUAAUUUUAUAAUUUUGCGUUCUAAUAAGAUUCUGAUGGUACCAUUUAUGCAUUCAGUUGCAUUCAAUUAACUUUUACUUUUUCACCUUUAUUACAUACGCAGUUUAUAAGACGAGGCUGAGAUUUUUCAAAAUUUAAGCAUGUUUGAAUGUUUUUUAUAAAACAAUCUUACCAAGCAAUUGUUAUGUACUAUAAUAUAAAAGAGAGAGACUUUAGAAUUUUUUCAUCCGCCUUGUUUAAAUGUAGGCGUUUUUCUUGUCUGUGUGUUGUUUAGUCUUGAAAUUAUAGCGAAAACCUCUAAAACAGAUAAAAUGACCUUAAAAACCUUACCAGACAAAACAAUUGCCAGAAAUCUUGGUUCCUGUUACAGUUUAGAUCUUGUGUUCUCCUUUUUAGUGGAAAUCAUUUCAAAAACAUGCUCUGUAUCAGAUGAUUAUAUACUCAUGGGUAUAAGUUAUACAACGCCUCUUCAUCGCCGCAAUGUUUUUACUAAAAUAAAGUUUCAAGAAAUCAAACAAAACCGUUGGAUUGAAGGGAAAAACUGCAACAACACCUUGUUAAAUAGUUCUAUAUAUGUGUCCUGUCAACUCUUCAAAGUUGAUCCUGAGGAUGUGUUUGAUAUCCAGUUAGUCCUGCAAAAUGAUACAGAAAUAAUUGCGCAAAAAACUGUUUAUGCUAGUUUUGAUGCAAGUAGAUGGUUUUCUUGUUACGCAGAUCACAACCCAAAGAUUAUAUCAAUUUCCUCUUCAAAUACUUCUAUUGGAAUAAUAUGGAAAUACAAUACAUAUGAUAGAGUUCAAUUUUUGCAGUCUGCUCAGCUACAAAUAAAAGAGAAUGGGAGCGUUACGCACAAGGUGGCUUGUAAAGAUGCUACUUUAUCCCAACAGAUAAACUGCCAUCUUGGAAAUUUAAAUCCUUGUUCAUACUACAAUAUAUGUAUUCUCACUUUCUUUAAUGUUGGUUUAAAACAAGAGUAUUGUGAAAGUGUGAACACGUCACCACUUGCUAUGAAUCUUCAAUCACCAACACAUGUAGUAGGAAAGUGUACCAGAAGUAAAGAAACUGAAAUGAAACUAACAUGGCAUUCAGGAAAUGUAGAGCUUAAGGAUUAUUACUUUACCGUUACAGUGAGAUCAAAUAAAGCAACAAUAUUAUCAAGAAAUACAACUAAUUUUACUACACAUUAUAAUGUUAACACUAAUCAUGAGGUGAUAUUACGCACGUGCAGUAUUUGCGAAUGUUCGAAAGAAGUUGAAGAGGUCAUUUCUUCUUGCGACACGACAAACUCAAGUCCAUCAGCACCGAACUCCAACUUGCUUCACCUAAUAUAUAUUUUACUUCUAUUAUUAAGUUAAUUGAUAUUAUUAUAUAUUUUAUAUUUUUUUGGUAUUUUAAUUUUAUAUUUAGGCAGAUAUAUUUAUAUAUUUAUCACAGAUUUUUUUUCUUCCUGACUACAAUUUUUAUGCGCAAGGCAAAGUAUUGAUAUUUUAUAAGAUCCAUUAAAAUUAUAAAUAUUUUGACUAUUAUAAUUAUUUAACAAUGCAUUACAUACAUUUACAAAAUCUUAGACAUUAUUCUGUUAAAAAAAGGAAUUCCAUUACUGCCAUUGUUCUUAUUUUCAAUCUGUCUUUUUCUUCAGUUGUUUUUAUUUUCCUUGUAUAAGAAACAGAAUAAGGGUACCUACGAGAGUUGCAUGACGCUAAAGAGAGUGAUGAAAAUUAAUGGUAAAAUAAUUAAACAUAACACAUGAUUUUUUUAGGUUAAAUUACUAUAUAUAUAUAUUUACAAUAAGACUUAUUGAUUUUUUAUUUGAUAUAGUUGAUAAUUUAUAAAUACAAACGUAACGGUCACAAAAUCUCCACAUUAUCUCGUAAAAGUUGACAAUAUAUUUUGACUACAAAAGUAUUUUUUCUUUUUAUAGGUUACUAUUUAAUUAAUUUUAUAUAUUACAAACACAUUUUAUUGUAUUUCCGUGAUAUUUUAAGUAUUUAGGCAUGUUUUUUAUUGGUGAUGGCUUAGAAUAUAUUUUUAUUUUUACAGAAAGAACGGAGAAAAGUAUUUAUUAUGUUUCUUUGGUUAUUAUUUUUCGUUUAUAUGGAGCUAUAUUGAGAUAGAUAUUUAAAGAAUAUUAGGAUAUUUUAAUACUUUAAGUGCAGAAACUUUUGCGGAAAAUUUUAUUUGCGAAUGGGAAAAUUCGCGAAAUUUUUGCAUGUGGCGAACAUAAAAUUUCAGCGAAUGGGUCAUAUUAAAAUAUUUUGCGAACAUAAAGUUCAGCGAAUCGAUGUUCUUGAGAAUUUGUCCAAAAUUCGCGAAAGUUUCUGCCCGCGAAUGUUUUUAAACUUUUAAGUAUAUACAAUAGAGUAUAUUGUCAUAUAUUCGCCUAAAGGUACAAGACAGCGUAAACGUACAUUUUUAACCAUACAUGAAUACUUCUUUUUUUUUAACA